AUGUCGGUCCAGAGUAAGACUCGCAAAGGAAGGAUCAACAACCUUAAACUUGAUGUCGAUUCAGGAGCAAUCCCAGAGCGCAUAUACGUCAGGUCUAAAAGAGAUGAAGAAGGCGAUGAUGCUGUACUGCCCACUAUCGACAUUAACCAGAGCCCUUUUGACUUUCCAGACGAUGACGAAGAUGGGGAGAUAGGGGAGACCUCUCCAGAAGAGCCUACUCAAAUGGACGAACCACCUCUCAGGGAAAUGCCACAAGUAGAAACAGUCAACGACGAUGAUCCUAUAAGUCAGCGACGAAAAUCCACCGAAUCAGGACUACCCCCUGAACAGAUGUUAGAAAGAACAGUUCUCAUGCCGCCCGCAGAAAAUGGAACCAGAGUAAGAGACAAGAACCUUGAAAAAGAAGUUCUCAAAUACUACAAGGAGAAGGUUCAACUACAUCCCGACAUGAUCAAUUUCAGAUGCAGAGUCAACGAUGAGUACGAGGAGAUCGUAGCCUACACCGAUAUCGUGGACUACAUUGAGCAAGACCAAACUUGGGAUGGCACAUGGAAGUUCCGUAAGAUCUUGGAUCAUCAAAGUCCCAUCAUAUCAUCUUGA